AUGGUUGAUCGUGGUGGUGUGUCGGGUUCUCCCGUUAUACACUCCAGAUCGCGUGCUGAUCGUCCUCGAAAAAGGCACCGAAAUAGUAGCAGUGCCUCAAGUCGGACCAGUUCUCCUGGUUCCUUUUUAGUCAGUGAAAUCAAACGCAAUGGGCGGAAUGAAGAGAUUCGAAGGCGCGACGAACAGAGAGCUGAAGAGGACCGGAUAUUGCGUCAACGGUGGGCAGAAUCCAAACUUCUUGAAGAGGAAGUCGCUCGACGCCUGGAGCGUUACUUGGACUCUGAGCUUGCUAAGUUACUUGUGUUACGAAAAGUCCAGUUUAAUGCCGAAAUUGAACGACGAGUGGAGGCUGAACGUACUGAGGUAUUACGUCGAAGAGCUGAAGAAGCUGAACGUAAAGCUAGAGAAGAAGCUGAGGCAUUACAACGACGUGAAGAAGAAGAAAAGCGACUAAAAGAGCUCAGUGAGCGUCUCGCUCAAGAGAGGGAACGGGAACUCGAAGAACAAAGACGCUUGGAGGAAGAAGCUGAGCGUAAACGAUGUGAAGCAGAAUUACGUGAACUUGAAGAACGUCAGCGACGCGAAGCUGAAGAGCUCCAACGUAUUAAAAGAGAACAAGAAAUUAUUCUAAAUAAAAAGCGAAUUCGACCGAAGUUAUCGUUUACACUAAAGAAGUGA